AUGGGCACAGGCAUAGCUCAGGUUGCCGCAAUGAAAGGGCUGGACGUUAUCCUUUGCGACAGCCACUCUGGCGCUUUGGAGCGGAGUGUCAUCAAUACUGAGCGUUACUUCAAACGUUCGGUGGCAAAGGAGAAGUUGACCCAAGAGGACGCUGAGGCUGCUGCACGGCGCAUCAGCGCAUCCUCUGACUUGCAGGCACUGGAACCAGCAGAUUUCGUUAUUGAGGCCAUCAAUGAGGAUGAGUCAUCAAAGAAAGCAGCAUUUCUGCUAUUGGAUCAGAUUGUGAAGCCUGAGGCAAUCCUUGCCUCCAACACUAGCUCAAUUUCUAUUACAAGGAUUGCUGCAGUUACGAAACGGAACAGCCAAGUGGUUGGCAUGCAUUUCAUGAAUCCUGUCCCGGUCAUGCCUUUGGUGGAGAUCAUCAGAGGCAUUGCCACCAGUGACGAGGUCUUCCAGACCGCAAAGGCGCUGUCAGAGCACUUAGGGAAGACUGUUUGCUUGUCUCUUGACAGGCCAGGCUUCAUAGUCAACCGUAUUCUCAUGCCUAUGGUCAAUGAGGCCUUCUACACCCUGAUGGAGGGAGUGGGGACUGCAGAGGAUAUUGACAAGGGGAUGAAGCUUGGCACAAACCAUCCAAUGGGCCCCUUGCAGUUGGCGGAUUUUAUAGGCUUGGACACUUGCCUGUCCAUCAUGCGAGUGCUGCAUGGAGGGACUGGCGAUCCAAAGUACCGGCCGUGUCCUCUUCUGGUGCAGUAUGUUGAUGCAGGAUGGCUCGGGAAGAAGGUUUACAAAGGCGUGUACACUUAUGCAAAGCCAUUGAAUUGA